GGUUAUCAAUUUAUCAUCAAUCUAGUCUUAUCAAACACAAAAAUCAGAUCAAUCGAAUGAUGGAACCUAGUCAUGCCUCAACCCGUCCUGCUGUCCCCGGUGAGAAGACGAAAAUGGGCACCUCCCUCGUUGACACCGCCGCGUCUACCAUCCAAUCUUUUGGUCCCACCAAGCAAAUCCAUCAACACCUUUGCGCAUUUCACUUUUACGCGGAUGAUAUGACACGACAAGUGGAGGCGCACCACUACUGCGGCCACCUAAACGACGAAGUGAGGCAGUGUUUGAUCUACGACCGUCCGGAGGCGGACGCUCGGUUGAUCGGAGUGGAAUAUAUAGUGACCGAAGAUCUGUUUUUAACAUUGCCUGAUUCGGAGAAACCGAUGUGGCAUAGUCAUGAGUAUGAGGUGAAGAGUGGUGUGCUUUUUCUCCCCGGUGUUCCUGGUCCGGUUGAACGGUCGGAUUUGGAGAAAGUGGCGAAAACGUAUGGAAAGACCAUUCACUUUUGGCAGGUGGACAGAGGUGAUGAACUGCCCUUGGGUUUGCCGCAGGUGAUGAUGGCUCUUACUCGAGAUGGCCAACUUUAUCCUAAUCUCGCUAAAGAUGUGGAAUCUCGCUACGGUAUCUUCUACGACAAGGAAAGGCAUAACAGAGAAUACAUGGAAGGUUUAGCCCAUGGGAUUCACCCAAAAGCAAACGCAGCUGGAAUCGGGCUCAAGACUGUGCUACGAGAGAUUGAAUGCAAGCCUUCCGGCCACCCUAGUCUGGAACCUGUCCCCAGGGUUUUUGUUUGAGAAGUGGAUUCUAUAUUUGGGUCUUUUCAAGAACAUGUGACGUGUUUUUAGUGUUCUUUGUCUUAGAAUAAAGAUACUGAUGCUAUGAAUCGAGCCAGGUUGCCAUACACCAGUAAAAGAAUAGUUACAGGUUCAGUGUGAUUUCUGUACAAUAAGUAGGAAACUGUAAUAACUCGCCUUAUAUAUCAACAACAUAAGAGAAUAAUUCGACUCAUGGAACGCGCUCCAGGACUCUCUGUAAUGCGGUUUUUAUCCCAUCUUGAUCAAGUGAAGUUACAAGUUGUAUUUCC